UUUUCUCUUGGCUAUGGAUGUUGUGAUUGUCCGUAGGUGGUAGAUGGUCUCUGACUGUCGAACGCGGAGGUACCACCCGGCGGAUCUCGUAGGCGGAGCCAGAAUGUGUGCAUGUUGCAUACACACGUGUUCCCUCGCCAUAGUCCGUGUGGCGCCCCCCCCCCUUUCCCCGUAUCCCUCAUAGCCCCAUGGCCUUCGUGGUAGUUGGAGUAUAAAAAAAAAG